CCACUGUUCCAUUUCAUCCUGUGAAAAUAGAAAAAAAAAGAAAAUCAAAUUAGUCCAGACGUUGUUACAUCGCUGCUGGAAACAGCAUGGAUAGCAGGAACUAAAGCGAAAGAAAUCGAUCCACAAAUAAUUCACCGCGCUAUCUACUAGAAAAGUCCAACUGUUUCAGUGCAAAUCAACUAUAGUAUCAUUUCCAAAGCCGUCGCGUGCAAACCUCACAAUGGUAUACCAGUUUCCAAUUUCAAAAUUCCUCCGUCAUGUUUUAAACGAAAGCAGCCUCCAUGGGGUGUUCCAUUUAAUCAAUCCGAAAAGCCAAUUGGCAGAGAAAAUUCUGUGGGCAGUCACUAUCGGUUCAGUCGUGUUCUGCUCUUUAUCACUACUGACUGUUUUCUGGUACAGGUAUCUUACGAAUCCAACGGUGAUUACGCUAGAUCGAAAUUACCAUGAAUGGAAUACAACAUUCCCGAGUAUGACGGUUUGCUUCCAUGACCGUUUAAAUAUCACGGCUCGAGACAAUAUGGUCAAACAGUUGAAGCCCGAAAAUCCAGAAAAGUUUAAAAAUUUUCUUGGGUUACUUGCGGAGGCAAAUAUUUUUCGACUUCAAACGUUGAUGGAGUUCGACGAAUACAGUUACUUAGAUCUAAAAGAGACUCAAAAUCAAAUUACUAAUUUUGUAGACACAAAAGUUACGCUUGAUAACGGUAAAGAAGCUGAGUUUAAACGCGUAGUUACGGAACUAGGUAUUUGUUAUACGUUUAAUUCGGCUAUAACUCGAUUUCUGUCAACCGAACCUCUCAAUUCUGACGACUCACGUGAUGAGUUGGUACAGGUAACCAUGAUGGAAAGGGACAUUAUGGCUUCUUUAGAAAACUUAACCGCGAAUGGCAAUAUCUUUUAUCAUGGUCCUUAUGAGGUACCAUCAAUAUUGAAACGUUUAAUGGUGUCUGCCUCGACGUCGGCAUUUCUAACAAUAACCUUCAAACCGGUGAUUAUAACGGGCGAUUCCACGAUUGAGCUCUUGUACGUGUCACAGCGUCGCUGUCGUUAUUCAUACGAAUCAAAUCUGUUAAUGUUUCCACAAUACUACUCGCACAGUAUAUGCCUACUGGAUUGCCGGUUGAGGUUUUUCCUGAAGUUUUGUGGAUGUGUACCGUUUUUCUACAAUCUGGAUGUCGAAACACCAGUUUGUCGCAUCAAGCAAUUAAGCUGUAUAGUUCAAAAACUGGUUACAAUUCGUCAAUCAUUAUCAAACUGUGGUUGUUUGAAGGAUUGCAAUACAAUCAGUUAUACUUUGCAAAGUUACGUACUGUUCGAAUGGUUUAAUGAUCCACUUAUCAAAUGGAACAUGGAAACGCCCAAGGUACGAUACAGUAGAAGAAUCAUCUAUGGACUUGUGGAUGCCCUUGGUUCGUACACAGCUUCUAAGGCAAGCUCGUUCUUGUUGAAAUUUGUAUCACAGAUCGACAAACGUAACACUUUGAACAAAUUUAACGGUACUUUACGCUAG